AUGUUUCCUGACGCUGCAGCUAGAAAUAGUGACUAUUCUGAGUUCCCUGUUAGUAGCACUUUAGUAAACACAUGUGCAAAUGCUGGAAAAAAUGACAAAGAAUCAGCUAGCAUUAAUAGCACACCAUUCGUUAGAAAUAUAUUAGGUUCUGAGUUCGAGAACUAUAAUGGUAAAUUACCUUUAAUUACCUCUCCAAUUGAGAUUGAGGUGGGAACUCGAUUUAUCUCUAUGUUGGUUGCAGUUCAUUAUAUAGAACAAUAUGCCUUUCAGAAUCACUUUGCCGUUUAUAAACACAAGUGUGAGAUAUUUUCUGAUGGAACUUGUAGAAAGAGAGUUUUAAAAUGUGAUAGAGGUGGAAGAUAUAACGAACGGCUUUUGAGACCAACAUUAGGAAAACAAAAAAACAAGGGAAGUAAAAAACAAGGAUACACAUGGCAAAUUAAUAUGACACAAUCUUAUAAUUCACCAAUUGUUACAGUAACAUUGCUUAAUACGGAACACAAUCAUCAGAUUGAUAUUGAAACUAUAAAGUUCGCUACAGCUUAUAAAAGCUUUUCUCAAGAAAUUAUGGAACAAAUCAAAUAUUAUGUUAUACAUUGCCGUGAAGAUGUAUUUGAGAGAAGAAUUGAAGGGUUGCUUGAAAAAUAUAAACUGGAAGAAAGAUAUAUUACAAUGUUAUUAGAUCGAAAAUACACAUAG